GGCGCCUGUGGCUCCUGCUGGGCCUUCAGUGUCACCGGCGCUCUGGAAGGCAUGCAUUUCAAGAAGACGGAGAAGCUGGUCUCGCUGAGCGAACAAAAUCUUAUCGACUGUUCUAAGGACCAGGGGACUGAAGGUUGCGAGGGUGGAUUUAUGUCAGAUGCUUUUACAUAUGUGCAGAAGCAAGGAGGGAUCAAUUCAGAGGAAAGCUACCCAUAUGAUGGACAGGAUGAUUAUAGUUGUCGUUAUGAAGCUGAGAAUUCUGUUACUAAGUGUUCCACCAUAGGAGUCAUCCUGCCAGGAGAUGAAAAGGGACUUCUGCAGGCGGUGGCCACAAUUGGCCCAAUUUCUGUCGGAGUGGAUGCCCGGAGUUCGGCAUUUCAGUUUUACAAGUCGGGUAAGGUUCCUGUGGAAUAG